ACGCUGGCAGUCUUUGGCAACAAGACCAAGGACAAGAUGCACUGGUUCCUCGCCAAGAACAUGGACGACCUCAACCAGUGGAUGACAGCCAUUAGCAACACGCUGCCCCCGCCCCCCCAACCGCCGCCACCCCCUGAAGGGGAAAAGAAAGGGGACCCGCCCCCCUAUUCUCCUUCGGCUCCUCCCCAACCGCCUCAGAACAUAUCUGGUGGCGGCGGAGGGGGAGGAGGAUACGUUGGAGCUGGAAGAGGAGGCGGAGGCUACCCACGAGGAGGCUACAGAGGAGGUUAUGGUGGUGGUGGAGGUUAUGGUGGCGGUGGAGGUUAUGGUGGUGGUGGAGGUUAUGGCGGUGGUGGUGGUUACGGCGGCGGCGGCGGCGGCGGUACCAACACUAUCAUUAUGGACCGAGGAAACAACGGUAUGGGGGACUUCGCUGGGGGCAUGAUGAUGGGCGCGGCCAUGACGGGCUGGGGCAUGGGCGGCUGGGGCAUGGGAUUCGGCUUUGGUGUCCCCGUCGGCAUGGGCCUCGGCGGCUAUGGUUUCCGCGGUGGAGGAUACCAUAACACGGAAACCAACGUCACCAACAACUACUACAACAACGACCCGGCGGAGAGUGGCGGAGGUGCUGGCGGAGACGGCGGCGGUAAUGGCGGUGAAGGUGGUGGUGGUGGUGGUGACGCCGCGAACACAGACGCCCAACCCAUAGCUCCUGACGCUGGUGGUGGCCUUGAACCCGACGCGGAGAUGAUACCCGACGGCGGAGGCAUGGACGGGAUUGACCCAGGGUUGUUGGACGAGGGCGGACCGGAUUUGUCGGGGAUGGAAAUGGCCGAACCCUUUGAGAUGGGCGGCAUGAACGAUGUGGGCGGGGAGUUCGACAUGGGAGAGAUGGACAUGGGUGGUGGGUUUGACAUGGAUGAUGGGCUUGACAUGGGCGGGUUCGAUAUGGGUGGUUUUGAUAUGGGGUUUUGAAUUGCGUGUGUUGUGGUUUGUUGUUGUCUUGGUGGUUAGUCGUUUUUCCUAUACACACACACACACACACACAUCGUCACCCAAAGUCAUCAUUAUCACUUGACUACGUUUUCGAUACCCAAUAUACUCCUAAACAACAACAGCAACACUAAUAAAAAACAACAAACUUUCAUACACAAGUUUAUAAAUCGGUCAAGAAAACGCUAAAACUGAACUCAAUUUUGCUAUUUUCUACUCAGAGAGAGAGAGAGAGAGAGAGAGAGGGGGGGGGUCAAUAACUGCCUUUAUUUCUUGUAUAUAUAUCGCCUCCGACCCCUCAACUUCCUUCAACGAAAUAAGUGAGUCAUACCCUAAUAUUGGAGCCUUUUAAACUUUUCCUCACAAAUAAAGCCACGCGAAUAUACAGCGCAAACAUGCCUUUACUGAACACAGCUACAUACGUCACAGGAAAACGUUCAAAGUUUAUAACGAAGUGUACACAUGUGUCCUUUCCCGUUGCACGUUAUAGCUAAUCUUAAUAAUUAUUCGAAGUACUUAAUUAUGAAUAACCUUAUCGCCAAAAUAAUACCUACUUUCAUUUCGCGCGCACGCGUUGGUUGUAGGCCAUGAACAUAGAUAGGCUACAUUAGUCAUGAGAGAGAGAGAGAGAGAGAGAGAGAGAGAGAGAGAGAGAGAGAGAGAGAGAGAGAGAGAGAGAGAUUUUAUUAGAGAAAAUCUAAAGCUAACUCUUUGCCAG